AUGUGGGUGAAACCACAAGAAGUUUUACUUGCCAACGCGUUUUGGGUUACAGAGCAGGCAACCGUUUACUUUGUGUUACAAAGACGAAAGGGUCAUGGAAAAAGUAAAGGACUGUCAUCAAUACUCGUUGGAACAUUGGACAGUGUAUUCGAUACGAAGCCUCCUCCAUUUCGAAUUCUACAUCAAACGCCAUCAUCAGAAGUUUAUUGGGUGGUAGCAUGUUCACUGACUCAUGAAGAAAUUUUACAAGAUUGGGAAUGGCUUCAUUCAAAUUUAAUGGAUACUUUAAAAUCUUUUGAUACCGAAGAGGAAAUAACAGAAUUUGUUUGCUGUAAAAUACAAUCGAUUAUUGCCAAUAAUGUUCCAGACUGUCAAUUUGCUGAAGAGGAAGAUCCGCAGUCAUUUAAAACAGCCUCUUUCAAAUUUCAUCAACUUUUUAAUCUACCAAGUGAUGAUAAACUUGUCAAUUAUUAUUCGUGUAGUUAUUGGAAAACACGUUUACCUAGACAAGGAUGGUUAUACUUGUCCGUCAAUCACAUGUGUUUCUAUGCGUAUAUCCUUUCAAAAGAAACAAAGUUAAUAAUAAGAUGGGCUGAUAUUGUGGAGUUGGAUAAAACUAAUUCUCUGGUAUUCCCAGACAGUAUUCGUAUUGUUACUCGAGACAAUAAAGAGCAUCAUUUUUCCAUGUUUCUACGUAAGUCUGAGACUUAUUCAUUAAUGGAACAACUCACUAAUAUUGCAAUGAAGAGACUAAUUGAUGAAAAAAGUGGAUUCAAUGAAGAUAGGGAGUUAUUGAAUAAAUUAAGUAAAAAUGUACCAAAAAAGCCUUCAUUUUUAAAACGUGAUCUCGAUGCACGAGCACAUUCAGAAGCAUACAGAUUACAGUUUCGAUUACCAGGAAAUGAGAAAUUAGAUGGUAGUAUUGACGCAACACUCUGGACACCGUAUAAUAAACGUGACGUCUGGGGAAGAAUAUUUUUAUCACAAAAUUAUCUCUGCUUUGAAAGCCGAGUCAGACAAUUGGUAAGUUUAGUAAUUCCUUUACGUGAAGUUAGACUGGUUGAACCUGCGGACCAAUCGCCCAAUUGUUCAACAUCAAUGGAUAAAUCUAUUCUUGUAACUACGCCUAGAGCAUCUUUUUUGUUUGCACAAAUUCAAGACAGAGAUUUUGUGGUUCAGAAAAUAUCUGAAUUAUUAACAAAGACUAAAUUGAUGCAAUUUUACUCAUUAGCAAGUCCAACAAGUAAUGAUAAUGAAGAAACAAUAAAACCAAAAAAUUCUUGGACUCCACAACCACCAUUAAUGACUCUUUUUAAAGCUCCACUGAGCACUGAAGCAGCUGUGAAACAAGAAGCAAAAGAAAAACAAUGGGAACUGCACUUUGCAGAGUAUGGAAGGGGGAUAACAAUAUACAGAACAACAGAAACUGCAAAACUAGUAAUUCAAGGUGUUCCUCAAACUCUUAGGGGUGAAGUUUGGUUGACAUUCUCUGGUGCUUUGAAUGAAAUGGCAAUGAAUCCUGGAUUGUACCAAUCAUUGGUAAAUCAAUCAUUAGGGAAAUCUUGUCAAGCUAAUGAAGAGAUUGAACGAGAUUUACAUAGAUCAUUACCUGAACAUCCUGCCUUUCAAUCUGAUACUGGAAUAAAUGCUUUGAGAAGGGUUCUAUCUGCUUACGCUUGGAGGAAUCCUCAAAUCGGAUACUGUCAAGCGAUGAAUAUAGUAGCGUCAGUUUUGCUCAUCUAUUGCUCAGAAGAAUCUGCUUUUUGGCAAUUGUGUAAUGUUUGCGAGUCACUACUUCCCGAUUAUUAUGAUCGUCGAGUAGUAGGUGCUCUUGUGGAUCAAGGGUUAUUAGAAGAAUUAGCUGCAGAGCAUUUACCAACUCUUCAUGCGAAACUCAAAGAACUAGGACUUAUUCGAGUAAUUUCUCUGUCCUGGUUUCUGACAAUUUUCCUUAGUGUAAUGCCGACAGGAAGUGCUGUCAAUAUUAUGGACUGCUUUUUCUAUGACGGAGCUAGAGUUAUAUUUCAAAUAGCUUUAACUGUGCUAGAAUGGAACCAAGAUAAAUUAUUAGAAUGUCGAGAUGACGGAGAAGCAAUGCAAUUAUUAACAGAUUAUUUAGGAGGAGUAUUCAAUGAUGAAGGACCAGUAUUACCUCGCCCAGUUGAUAGUGCAACACCUCCACGAAGUAUUUCAGUGCAAACGUUAAUUUUCGAAUCAUAUUCGAGGUAUGGAUCUUUGACAAUCGGCAAAAUUGAGAGAUUAAGGUUAAAACAUCGUCUUAGGGUUGUUCAAAAUCUUGAAGAAGGUAUUGAAAAAAAUGUGAUAAGAAGUGUAGUUACUGAUAAAUAUAUGACGACAGAAGAACUGCAAGAUUUGCUCAGUUUAGUUCGAGAAGAACUAAUGAGUCAACGAAAAUCCGAGCCAGAGCGUUAUGAUCCAACACAACCACCUUAUGAAGCUUACAAAGUUGAUUUUGAGCUCUUUAGAAUUCUUUUUGGUGGACUUUCCCCUUGGGGAAAAUGUACACAGGCUGAAUCACUUGCUGCAAGAUUAUUUAGAUUAAUGGAUCGCAAUCAUGAUGGUUUCUUGAACUUUCGAGAAAUUGUACAAGCAAUUGGGGUUACUGCUACUGCAGAUGUUACUCAGAGAUUGAAACUUUUGUAUACUCUGCAUUUACCACCACUUCUUACUCCAGUGGAUAUCGAUUCUCCCACACAUUCCGAUGGAGCUGAAGUGGCUGCUGAAGCAACAGAUUUCUUUGAUACUAUGGAGCAAAGUGCAGCUUCUUUAGAAUUAGCGAUCAGUCUUAAUGACGAUACGGAUCGGCUUUCACGGUCAAUCAGUAUGAACAGUCAACAAGGAGAAUCAUGGGAAAACCAAAGUAUGGGUAGCUUGAGAUCUUUAAUUGAUUGUAAAGAAAGUCCUUUGGAAUUCAAAACAGUUCCUAAAAUGUCUCAAAGACAUUUUAUUGCUUUAUGGAAAACUCUUUAUGAUAUGUUCCCUGCUCAACCUGAAGAUCAAGAUGUGUAUCAUUCUAUUGCAACAAUAGGAACACUACUACUACAACUUGGAGAUGUAGGAAAGAAAUUCUACGUAGAUCGAGAAGAAUCUGAAGAUAGUUUAUUACUAGCUUCUGAUACUCAAAUAAAAGGAACUAAGUUCGAACGAUCACCAGAUCGCAAUGGAAAUCCUUCGAGUAUUUCAUCUUCCACAGAUCCAGACUGGGCAAUAACAGUAGAACAAUUCCUUGCUUCAGCUUUGAAUGGUGCACCGAUAACGGAGUUCUUUAGUAAAAGAGCAAACCUUUCAGAAGCUAUUGCAACCUUACGCAAUCGAAGAUUCAAUAGAGUUCAUUCUUUAGCAGAUACUCCAGUAAUUCACGUAUGACGAUUUGAUGAAGUCUUUGUCACUGAAUGUGAGCCCAUGCAAAAAGAAAUUAACUUGAUCAAUAUUAAUUAAUUCAAUAUUAAUUGAAUACACGUGAUAAUUGGAAUUAUUAUGUUCCAAAUUAAUUAAUUAUUUAAAUAAUAAGUUUUUCUGUAAUUAUAAAAAUCAACCCUGAAAAAUUAGAAUAGAAUUUCAAAAGUGGUAACUAUCAAAAUAAUUAAUUAUCAUCGUCUUGACGAUAAAUUUGAUAUCGUUAAACAUACGAACUAAUCAGGUUCGUAAAAAAUUAUUGAUUAAAUAUGAAUAUUUGUAAAAAUAAAUCAAUUGAUUUUUUAUAUAAAAAAAUACUCAGGGUAUAUAUUAAUCGUUCUGUAUCAGUAAAAAUGGUCAAAUUAAUUUAAAUCAGAUAUCAACGAGAGGACUUAAUUUUCAUUGACACUAUUCACUAAUGAACUAAAAGCGAUCAUUGUAUUUCUUGCUCUUUUGCUCUUGAAAGAUAUUUUUAUUUUUUAUAUAACUCCUAGAAUAACUUUUGAAAUACUUAGAUUUAUUAAUCGAGUAAUUAUCAAGGUAAUAAAAAAAGUCAUGAUAAUAAUUAGUUAUAAAUUUCUAUAAAUUGCACUUAUGAAAUGAGAACCAACUGCAACUCCGCAAUACUUUUUUCACAAUAUCAUAGAAUAAAGCUGAAAAUAGUUAUUAUUUUGUGCUCAUGAAUUUAUACAGAUAAAUAUUUUCUAGACUUUUAUUUUUAUAUCAAUAGCAUUGGCAAUGUGCAAAAUAUAUAAUGAAUAUUUAUCAGAUGUAAUUAGGUUUUAAUAAUAAAUUUUAUGCAAAGCGUGUAGUUUGUUUUUGUUAUGUAUUUUAAUUGUAUAUAAAAU